AUGUUCAGCUUCCUUGAAUCCAAAACCUCAGCCUCAAAGGCGUAUGUGUCGCACGGCAACCUGCCUCCAUUCGUAGAUCCUGAGCAACCACCAUCCACGAAGAAACCAUUUUCAACCAUCUUAGGCCAGCCAUUCACUCACACGGUUCAAUUAAUUCUCCCUCAAGAGCUGUAUGAUGUUGUCUGGAAAGAGGUCGAAGCGAAGAUCAGCAACAUUCAAUAUUCUCGGGUUAUCAUGCCUCUGUCUGGAUUACUCGAGGGUGACUUCUUCAACAGAUACAUCAAGAUUGGCAAUAUCUUGAUGCUCUCCGAAGGCCGUCCUGGUGUAGAUGAUCGCUAUUCCCUCAAAGACGGCAAGUUAGUCCCCGAGCGCGUACUUCGUCUCGAGCUCGCAAAAGAUAAGUACGAACGAUGCGGCCUAGUUGGCCAGCCUGUCCGAGACGCGGGACGAAAGCAUCUCAAGACUCGAUAUGCAGUCGAUAUAAAUCUCCGAUUACCAUCGAUGCUGCACGGGAAAAAAGGCUUCGAGAGGAUCGUAUGGGCAUUGAAGAAUGUUCUCAACCAUUCAGUGACUUGGCUUUUCCAUGAUCUCAAUUCAAAUUCUGAACCCAGUAAGGCUAUUGCGAGUGCAAAACCCGACGACAAUUGUGUCACUGAGUGCAGUAUAGCAGCGACAGACGCGCCGAUUAUCGAGCACCACCCGGUGACCAAAGACUGUUCACCUCAUCAGAAGACCACUGAGAGAGUCAGUGCACCGAACUUCAUUCCUCCCCCUCAUUCAGAUUCCAACGACGACUUCGAAGAUUGGGCCCUCGAAACCUAUGAGUGGCUCAGCCUCGUCGCCAUGGAAAGUCCUCGCAUCCUUUCAGAAGAUACUAUUGAUCCCUAUCUCAGUCGCUACCAAAUUCCAGACGGUGACUCAGCAAAAGUUCUCAAUAUGAUCACGUUGACAUGGACCGGCUUCAUCCCGGCCUUAUGGGCUAGGCAUCUAUUUAUAUGUUUGUCAAGUGCCAAGACUACAAUUCGAGAAGGAGCUUCGAGCGAAGACUUCUUUGCUUUGAGUGCCUAUAGCUUUAAGACUGCUGUGACUGAUCAGAAGGAUGCCUAUACGAUUUUGUGUGUAUCGGAUGAGAUUGUGAAUAGCCAAAGCGCCGUCGCUGUGGCGGGCAAGACGAAAGAGUCUGGGCACUCCAGAGUUUACGAAAGGCGCGGAAGGAAGUAUGUACUCUGGGAACAAAGUUGUGGUUAA